AUGAAUAUAAGAUCACACAUCUGUGCCAAAGGAAAUCACUGUAACAAAUUUAGUAAAGAGCUCAGGAUCCUGAGCCAAGACUACACAGAAAAGCUUGAGUUGGGAAAGCCAUCUCGUCCACCUACCCCUCCAUCUCAUCAAAAAGUCCAGAAGGCAAUCCAGCAGCAAUUAACAGAGUCAGGUUCACCAGGUGGAAAACUCAGAUCAAAAUCUUCCAACUUGCAGCAAAGUGAUGACCAAUUGAGUGAGAUAAUAUUGUUCGAGCUACUGAUAAAUGACAGCCAGAGUCCAUCUUUGAAAGCUGCGAAGUAUUUGGCUUCCGGUUCAAUGCAGCAAAUAUCAACUCCAAGGUUGGAAGAUGAUGGAUCUGUUGCGGAACUGGCUACAGUUGCUCCAGAGCCUCCUAGUCCCGUCUCUGUUCUUGAGGUCUCAGCAUAUAGAGAUGAUGCACCAUCUCCUGUAAAGCAGAUGCCAAAUGCCCUCCAAGGUGAGAGUGCUGAAGAUUCUAACCACGGCGAAGGUGAAGAGCAAUGGAACCCUGCAGAUAAGCUUGACAGCAUGGGAACUGGUCUUAGCUCGGAGAUCAAUCGCAAGAAACUGAAAAACAUUGAAAACCUAGUUCAGAAGCUUAGACGAUUGAACUCAAAUCACGAUGAGCAAGAACAGAUUAUAUUGCAUCACUCUGCGAGAACACAAAUCCAGACCACAGAUACAUUUCUGAAUAUUCUCCAUCCCUCAGGCCAUCCCAUCAACCCCGAGUUAUUUUAUGUUUUGGAGCAAACCAAGGCAAGCAGUUUGCUUGCAAAAGAAGAAUGCAUCCCUGAGAAGGUAACCCAUGCGAAUCAAGAAAGAGAGAAAUUUCAUCGAAAACUCAUAUUUGAUGCAGUCAAUGAAAUUCUUGUUGACAAGUUGGACUUAGUUGGCAUCCCUCCUGAGCCAUGGUUGAGGCCUAACAAACUGGCCAAGAAGACCCUUAAUGCACAAAAGCUGCUGAAGGAACUGUCUUGCGAGAUAGAACAACUGCAAACCAAUAAAUUGGAGUGCAGCUUAGAGGAUGAGGAUGAUGGUUUGAAAAGCAUUUUGUGUGAGGAUGUGAUGCAUCGGUCAGAAAGUUGGACAGUUUUCCAUGGUGACGUGUCUGGUGUAGUGUUAGACGUUGAACGACUGAUCUUCAAGGAUUUGGUUGACGAAAUCGUUAUUGGUGAGGCAGCUAGUUUUCGAGCAAAACCAGCUAGGCGCCGUAGGCAGCUGUUUGCUAGAUAG